ACAAUGAACACAACGUAACUAAUGACUUUUCUAUCAAAACAGUUGCAGGUAUUAACAUAGUGUGUCAGCUGGUGACAAAGGUUUAAGAGUAACGUAUCCGGGUGACUUCUCAAAAGCUUUCGGAAAACACAGCUUUUCUUGCUAAACAAGCUAACUUUAGCAAGCCAGCUAUUUGGUUGAUUUAUACUUUUCUCCCAGGGUAGCUAGCUAUCUUUUUCUUACCAAAUGUCGUUUGUGAGGUUUGGCCGUUCACAGCACAUUCAGGGAAAACGGUCUGCAGUGCGUUCAAAGAAGGCCAGUUCGACUAAGAGAGAGUGGGUGAGCACCGUCCAUGACCUUUCUGUACACAAAGCUACACCGGAGGAGCUGAGUCGUCGCCAUGAUAUGCAUCGGUCCCAUAACCAAGCGGUGGCCCAUUGGGAGCUGAAAGAGAAAGCUAUGAGACGCAAAAGGAGUAACGGCCUUCUCGGUAGCCCUCCACCGCUUGACCCCGCCAGCCUCAAUAUCAUCAGAGAAGUUUUCUCUGGGCAGUUCCAGCUGCAGGAUGUCCUGGCCAGGUCAGACAGAGCCAUGGCAGUGGUCAAGGACCUAUUUGGAGAUGCUCCUCGCAGGCAGACUGGGUUCCCCAGUGUAACAAUGGCUCCUGACUGUGGGUCUGACUACGACCUGCCCGUCCUGCAGAAACCAGAGACCCCGACACAGCUCUCACUGCUCAGCCAGUCAAUGAUGGACCCGCAGGCUCUGAAUGAGCUGGACGACUGGGAAGGAGAACACUGUGAACAAGGAAGUGUCCCUUCUACGUCGAACAUUUCCGAUACGGAUACCAGAUACAGGGUGAACACCCGCAAGAUGAAAGCCAAGUCUUUGACAAGAGGCGGGACGCGGCAAUCUAACCGCAACCACCAGGGGUCAGCAGUCAGCCCACCUCAGACUCCCUGUGGCUCAGGGGGAACCCGAGAACAAGCAGCUCUGAAUGCUACAGGUAAGAUCCAGCGUGUGCGAUCCAAACAGCCCCUUUCAGAACCUGAGGAGUGUUCAUCCCUGGUCAGUCAGGUUCUGAACCCCGACCCUCCCAUAACCCACUCAGCGAGGAAGAGCCGGCCCUCAAAGGCCAGCAGGGGGCGCUCUACUGAAACAGGCCUGGAUGGGUUGGCCCUCAGCUCUCUGAGUGGGAACCAGUCCAGCAUGGGGCUGCUGCAAGGCCUGCUGGACCAGGUGGAAGUGGAGCUGGAGGGCCAGGGCCCAGAGGAACCUCCCACAGCCCCAGGAGGAGAUGGGACAGCAGGAGCACAGCGCAGCACUCAGGGCCUCACUGGCUUCUCUGUGGCCCUGGUGUCUACCCUGGUCCGCCUGGCCAGACUACUCCGACAGAGAACGGAGGAGGCCCAGAAGGAGAGGAAGGAGCGGAGAAGGCUGGAGGAAGAUAUGAAAGAGCAGCGGGUAUUGAUAGACGCCCUCACAGCUGAGACCCUGGCCUUGAGAGAGGAGAGCGCCGUACUACAAGCUGGUCUGCAGCAGAGGGCCAGCGGGCUGGAGGAGAGGCUGGACGCCAUGGUCCUGGCGCUGGGGGGCUUGGGGGUGCUGCGUGGAGACGGAGAUGAUGAGGCCCGAGACGCUGGCAGCGUAGCUACAGACUGUCCUGUAACCUUCUGUGACCUGGAGCUGCCUGGUCUCUGUCCAGCAGUGCUGCUGUCUCCUCCUCGGCAGAGAGACAACCGCCCACGCAGUCAAACCUCAGCCGGUUGCUCUUUGCCUCUCUGCAACGCCCCCUCUCUCCCCACCCCUUCCCUCGCCAGCUGGCCCCACCCUGACUCUACACCCCCUGAGGCCCCCAACUCGGACCCUGACCCCCUCUUCCCCCAGCCUUCCCAGGAUGCUGUGCUGUCUCAGAUUGCCGAGCUGACCCGUCAGAACACCCUCAUACGGGCUCAGCUGGGGCAAUUCUACCCAGCUUCCCCUCCCCCAGGAUCGGAGGUUAGCAAAGGUCAAAGUUCAAGCAGAGGAUCACCUGGAGACAAAACAGAGAAGAGAGGGUCUGUCACAAAUGGAACGGGCCGAACAACCCCCCAGGCAGUUGGAGAGAGGGAGACACAGCCCUAUGAGGAGGAACAGGAAACCCAGCAGCCUGUUGUGUCAGAGCGCCCCGGCAGUGUGGAACAGCGCCUCCUUGAGCUCAACAGGCAGAGUGCAGCAGCCAGGAGCAGAUUGCUAGAGCUAAUAGAACAACAGAAACAGAGCUCCUUCUCAUCCAGUGUCUCCCCCUCUGUGUCCCCCAUACCACCACUCUCAGGGGGACUUUACCCAGAGCCACUGGCUGAACAGGAUCUGUCUCCCCUGGGCAGCAGAGGCAGUAGGCUGUCUGCUGGUAUGGUCUCUCCACAGAACCUUGGAGCACAGUCCAAAAGGAGCAGGACUCCGGUGGACAAGCUGAAAGGAGAAGGCUGGUUUGCGUUGUCCACACAUGUUAAAUAACCGAAGACUGCAACUCUUACUCAAAACUCUUUUCUAUUUUUAACAGUUUUUACUUUGCAGUUUUUACAGUGUUAGUGUUUUACAGAAUUUAAAAUAAACUAUUGGUAAUUUAA